UGACAAGAGUUUCCCUUCCUCAACUGGACUUCCAUUUGUGCAAAGUCUUCAGCUGGCUCCCGGCUACCCGUUCAACGCAGCUGGUAAUUUCUGGACCUGUUGAAGAUGGCUUCCCGAUUUGUGAAACCACCUGUGUCCGACGGCGAUCCUGGCUACCGGAGGAAGUCCUUACCUUUUCCUUCCCUUCCCAAAAAUGAUUUCGCUUUUCGUGUCGCCAAAGCUGCCAGUAACAAUUUGGGUGGGUUUCCUACCUCGCCAUCCUUCUCGAGCAUCUCCAGUGGAGACGGGAGCGCCCCAAAUUCGGAGAUAGAAACAGAAUUAGACUCGGUGGUCAAGAUUUUCACCGUCUCCAGCAGCCCCGGCUACUUACUUCCCUGGCAGAACAAGCCCCCUCGCGAGGCUCGGGGUUCCGGAUUUGUCAUUUCUGGGAAUAGAAUUAUCACCAGCGCUCAUGUAGUUGCGGACCAUACGUUCAUUCAAGUUAGAAAGCCUGGGUCGGCUACCAAGUAUAACGCCCAUGUCCUGUCUGUUGCUCAUGAAUGUGACUUAGCCAUUCUGGGGGUGGACAGUCAAGAAUUCUGGGUGGGCAUGCGUUUCUUGACGCUUGGAGACAUUCCGUUCCUACAAGAUGAAAUAGCUGUGGUUGGGUAUCCUCGAGGUGGGGACAAUAUUUCCAUAACCAAAGGCAUUGUCUCCAGAGUUGAGCUUCUUCAAUAUUCGCAUGGUGCGACUCAACUUAUGGCAAUCCAGAUUGAUGCAGCUAUAAACCCUGGAAAUAGUGGGGGUCCUGCUCUCAUCGGUGGUAAAGUUGUUGGUGUAGCUUUCCAGAGCCUAACCAGUUCUGAGAAUACUGGAUACAUAAUUCCGGUUCCAGUAAUCAAACGCUUCAUUUCUGACGUUGAAGACAAUGGAGAAUACUCAGGAUUAUGCUCCCUUGGCUUGCAUUACCAGCCAACUGAAAAUUCUCAACUGAGAGACUACUUCAAGAUGCCACCAAAAAUGACUGGAGUUCUUGUAAACAGCAUCCACCCUCUUUCAGAUGCUUAUAGGAUCCUCAAGAAGGAUGAUAUCAUCCUUGCAUUUGAUAAUCGGCCUGUGGCAAAUGACGGAACAACUCCUUUCCGGAAGAGAGAGCGCAUUGCAUUUGAUCAUUGGGUAUCCAUGAAGAAGCCCAAUGAUCCGGUCCCAAUCAAAGUUUUUCGGGAAAAAAAAGAGUGUGAAUUCAGCAUAACCCUCCGACCAUUGCAACCUUUAGUUCCAGUACAUCAGUUUGACAAGCAUCCAAGUUAUUACAUUUUUGCGGGUCUGAUAUUCAUUCCGCUCACCCAACCCUACCUUGACGAAUAUGCUGACCGGUAUAGCAUGUGGCCUCGGCGGUUGUGUGAACGUGCACUGGAGGAACUUCCAAGAAAUGCUGGCCAAGAAAUCGUUAUUAUUUCGAAGGUCCUGACGGCUGACAUCAAUGCAGGGUAUGAACAUCUUGCAGAAUUACAGGUGAGGAAGGUCAAUGGAACUGAAAUUGAAAAUUUGAGUCAUUUGUACCGGCUUGUGGAGGACUGCACUGAUGAAAGCAUACGAUUUGAUUUGGACAAUGAAGGGGUAAUUGUAUUCAACUAUCCUAUGGCGAAAACUGCCACCACUACAAUUCUGAUGCGCCAUAGGAUACCCUCCACUGCAUCGGCUGAUCUCAUUGUUGAACAGGACAGCAAGAAAGACGUGACUGAAGCAUAAAGCCAGAAUUGGUGUAUCAUAAGAGCUUUGCCUUUUCUAUGGAUUUCGAUUCACUUGUUGGCUUGCUUGGUGUGUGAUAAGUUAGUCAAUAAUUAACGAAGCGGAAACUGUCGUAACGUAGGACGUCGGCUGAGGGGAGGAGGAAUUGUGGUUUUGCGAGUGGCCGGAGAGGAGACUGUCAAAUUAUUGGAAAUGGUGGAGGACGGAGGAGUGAACGUGGAUCUUUACAUUGAAACCAAAGGUACACGUGACUAGUUAUGGAUGACAUACAAAGUGACUAUGUUCUUAUAUACUUUUGGCGGUGAACUUGUUCAGAUUCCUGUGUCUUUCUUCAUACUUCCUUCGCACAAGCUCUCUCUAGUUGUAAUUAAUCCGCUUAUACCUUGUCCUUUUUCAUCGCCUAGCGCGAGAAUGGUUUUGGACAGCGCCGUAAUUUCUCUCGUUAUUUGACCUUCACCUUGUUUUCUUCCCAA